AUGGUCUACUUCACCAUGCUCCUACCCGCUCCUGUGGGAGUGGCCAGACCCACCUGUCUGUCAGCUGAUUCAGGUGAUGAGGUAACUGACCAAUGAGGUGACAGGAGCACCAAUCAACACCUUAAUACGCUCUCUCUGGGCCAGAUAUUUGGACUACUCUCUCAACAAGGUCUGGGUUAGAUAUUUGACCAUCAUGACACUUGUCUUGACUUAUUUCCUGGAGGAAAAAGGGCCUCAUCAAUUACUGUGAUCAUUUUUGUGGUUUCUCUCUGUCUCUCCUCAGCUGUCCCAAGCUGACCCUGAGUCAGAGGACCAUGUCUACCCCCCUCCCACUCCUACAGUGAGACUGAGUCAAGGACAGCUGUCACCCUCCUCCCACUCCUACCCUGAAGUCAGAACCAGUCACCCCUCCCCCUACUCUACCAGUAAGAAUGAAGUGGAACAUGUCCUAUCCCUACUCCUAGGUAAAUUCAGAGGAACAUGUCUACCCCUCCUCCCUACUUCCUACAGAGACUGAAGUCAGAGGAACAUGUCCUACCCUCCCCUACUUCUACCUAGACUGAAGCAGGGAACAUGUCCUACCCCUCCUCCCUACUUCCUACCAGGUAAGACUGAAGUCAGAGGAACCAUGUCCUACCCCUCCUCCCUACUUCCUACCAGGUAAGACUGAAGUCAGAGGAACCAUGUCCUACCCCUCCUCCCUACUCUUCCUACAGGUGAACUGAAGUCAGAGGAAAAACCAUGUCCUAACCCCUCCUCCCUACUUCCUACCAGGUGAGACUGAAGUCAGAGGAACCAUGUCCUACCCCUCCUCCUACUUCCUACCAGGUGAGACUGAGUCAGAGGAACCAUGUCCUACCACCCUCCUCCCUAACUUUUCCUACCAGGUGAACUGAAGUCAGAGGAACCAUGUCCUACCCCUCCUCCCUACUUCCUACCAGGUGAGACUGAAGUCAGAGGAACCAUGUCCUACCCCUCCUCCCUACUUCCUACCAGGUGAGACUGAAGUCAGAGGAACCAUGUCCUACCCCUCCUCCCUACUUCCUACCAGGUGAGACUCUACACCCUCCAUGCUAGCUAUGAUAUAAUUAAGCAAUAAGGCCCAAGGGGAUGUGGUAUAUGGCCAAUAUACCAAGGGAUGUAUGACUCCAUGUUACUGUAAUCUUUAGACUAGCACAGGGCUGUAUGACUCCAUGUUACUGUAAUCAUUAGACUAGCACAGGGCUGUAUGACUCCAUGUUACUGUAAUCUUUAGACUAGCACAGGGCUGUAUGACUCCAUGUUACUGUAGUCUUUAGACUAGCACAGGGCUGUAUGACUCCAUGUUACUGUAGUCUUUAGACUAGCACAGGGCUGUAUGACUCCAUGUUACUGUAGUCUUUAGACUAGCACAGGGCUGUAUGACUCCAUGUUACUGUAGUCUUUAGACUAGCACAGGGCUGUAUGACUCCAUGUUACUGUAGUCUUUAGACUAGCACAGGGCUGUAUGACUCCAUGUUACUGUAGUCUUUAGACUAGCACAGGGCUGUAUGACUCCAUGUUACUGUAGUCUUUAGACUAGCACAGGGCUGUAUGACUCCAUGUUACUGUAGUCUUUAGACUAGCACAGGGCUGUAUGACUCCAUGUUACUGUAGUCUUUAGACUAGCACAGGGCUGUAUGACUCCAUGUUAUUGUAGUCUUUAGACUAGCACAGGGAUGUAUGACUCCAUGUUACUGUAAUCUUUAGACUAGCACAGGGCUGUAUGACUCCAUGUUACUGUAAUCUUUAGACUAGCACAGGGCUGUAUGACUCCAUGUUACUGUAGUCUUUAGACUAGCACAGGGCUGUAUGACUCCAUGUUACUGUAGUCUUUAGACUAGCUCAGGGUUUCUUGCACGUCAACAUCCGAAGCCUCCUCCCCAAGUUUGAGUUAUUCACUGCGAAAGCACACUCUGCCAACCCUGAUGUUCUAGCAGUGUCUGAAUCCUGGCUUAGGAAGGCCACCAAAAAUUCAGAAGUUUCCAUCCCGAAUUACAACAUUUUCCGUCUAGAUAGAACUGCCAAAGGGGGUGGAGUUGCAAUCUACUGUAGAGAUAGCCUGCAGAGCUCUAUCGUACUAUCCAGGUCUGUGCCCAAACAGUUUGAGCUCUACUUCUAAAAAUCCACCUUUCCAGAAAUGUCUCACUGUUGCCGCUUGCUACAGACCCCCCUCAGCCCCCAGUUGUGCCCUGGACACCAUAUGUGAAUUGCUUGCCCCCCAUCUAUCCUCAGAGUUCGUACUGCUUGGUGACCUAAACUGGGAUAUGCUUAACACCCCGGCCGUCCUACAAUCUAAACUAGAUGCCCUCAAUCUCACACAAAUUAUCAAGGAACCUACCAGGUACAACCCUAAAUCCGUAAACAUGGGCACCCUCAUUGAUAUCAUCCUGACUAAUUUACCCUCUAAAUACACCUCCGCUGUCUUCAACCAGGAUCUCAGCGAUCACUGCCUUAUUGCCUGCGUCCGUAAUGGGUCCGCGGUCAAACGACCACCCCUCAUCACUGUCAAACGCUCCCUAAAACACUUUAGCGAGCAGGCCUUCCUAAUUGACCUGGCCCAGGUAUCCUGGAUGGAUAUAGAUCUCAUUCCGUCAGUAGAGGAUGCCUGUAUGUUCUUCAAAAGUGCUUUCCUCUCCAUCUUAAAUAAACAUGCCCCAUUCAAACAAUUCUGAACUAAGAACAGAUAUAGCCCCUGGUUCACCCCAGACUUGACUGCCCUUGACCAGCACAAAAACAUCCUGUGGCGUACUGCAUUAGCAUCGAACAGCCCCCGCGAUAUGCAACUUUUCAGGGAAGUCAGGAACCAAUAUACACAAUCAGUUAGGAAAGCAAAGGCUAGCUUUUUCAAACAGAAAUGUGAAUCCUGUAGCACUAACUCCAAAAAGUUUGGGACACUGUAAAGUCCAUGUUGAAUAAGAGCACCUCCUCCCAGCUGCCCACUGCACAGAGGCUAGGAAACACUAUCACCACCGAUAAAUCUACGAUAAUCGAGAAUUUCAACAACCAUUUUGCUACGGCUGGCCAUGCUUUCCACCUGGCUACCACUACCCCGGCCACCAGCUCUGCACCCUCCGCUGCAACUUGCCCAUGCCCCACUCCCCGCUUCUCCUUCACACAAAUUCAGAUAGCUGAUGUUCUGAAAGAGCUGCAAAAUAUGGACCCCUACAAAUCAGCUGGGCUAGACAAUCUGGACCCUUUGUUUCUUAAAUUAGCCGCCGAAAUUGUCGCAACCCCUAUUACUAGCCUGUUCAACCUCUCUUUCGCAUCGUCUGAGAUCCCCAGAAAUUGGAAAGCUGCCGCGGUCAUCCCCCUCUUCAAAGGGGGUGACACUCUAGAUCCAAACUGUUACAGACCUAUAUCCAUCCUGCCCUGCCUUUCGAAAGUAUUUGAAAGCCAAGUUAACAAACAGAUCACCGACCAUUUUGAAUCCCACCGUACCUUCUCCGCUAUGCAAUCUGGUUUCCGAGCUGGUCAUGGGUGCACCUCAGCCACGCUCAAGGUCCUAAACGAUAUAAUAACCGCGAUCGAUAAAAGACAGUACUGUGCAGCCGUCUUCAUCGACCUGGCCAAGGCUUUUGACUCUGUCAAUCACCGCAUUCUUAUUGGCAGACUAAAUAGCCUUGGUUUCUCAAAUGACGGCCUCGCCUGGUUCACCAACUACUUCUCAGAGUUCAAUGUGUCAAAUCGGAGGGCCUAUUGUCUGGACCUCUGGUAGUCUCUAUGGGGGUGCCACAGGGUUCAAAUCUCGGGCCGACUAUUCUCUUUGUAUAUCAAUGAUGUCGCUCAUGCUGUUGGUGACUCUUAGAUCCACCUCUACGCAGACGACACCAUUUUGUAUACAUUUGGCCCUUCAUUGGACACUGUGUUAACAAACCUCCAAACGAGCUUCAAUGCCAUACAACACUCCUUCCGUAGCCUCCAACUGCUCUUAAACGCUAGUAAAACUAAAUGCAUGCUCUUCAAUCGAAUGCUGCUUGCACCCGCCCACCCGACUAGAAUCACUACUCUCGGCGGGUCUGACUUAGAAUAUGUGGACAACUACAAAUACCUAGGUGUCUGGUUAGACUGUAAACUCUCCUUCCAGACUCGCAUUAAGCAUCUCCAAGCCAAAGUUAAAUCUAGAAUCGGCUUCCUAUUUCGCAACAAAGACUCCUUCACUCAUGCUGCUAAACAUGCCCUCGUAAAACUGACUAUCCUACCGACCCUUGACUUCGGCGAUGUCAUUUACAAAAUAGCUUCCAACACUCUACUCAGCAAAUCGGAUGUAGUCUAUCACUUUUUUUGUUUUUUUUGUUUUUGUCACUAACGCCCCAUAUACUACCUACCAUUGUGACCUGUACGCUUUCGUUGGCUGGCCCUUACCACAUAUUCGUCGCCAAACCCACUGGCUCCAGGUCAUCUAUAAAUCACUUCUAGGUAAAUCCCCGCCGUACCUUAGCUCAUUGGUCACCAUAGCAACACCCACCCGUAGUAUGCGUUCCAGCAGGUAUAUCUCACUGGUCAUCCCCAAAGCCAACACCUCCUUUGGCCGCCAUUCCUUCCAGUUCUCUGCUGCAAAUGACUGGAACGAAUUGCAAACAUCUCUGAAGCUGGAGACUCUUAUCUCCCUCAAUAACUUUAAGCGUCAGUUGUCAGAGCAGCUUACCGAUCACUGCACCUAUACACAGCCCAUCUGUAAUUAGCCCACCCAACUACCUCAUCCCCAUAUUGUUAUUUAUUUUGCUAAUUUGCACCCCAGUAUCUCUAUUUGCACAUCAUCUUCUGCACAUCUAUCACUCCAGUGUUAAUACUAAAUUGUAAUUAUUUUGCACUAUGGCCUAUUCAUUGCCUUACCUCCAUAACUUACUACAUUUGCACACACUGUAUAUAGAUUUUCUAUUGUGUUAUUGACUGUACGUUUUGUUUACCCCAUAUGUAACUCUGUGUUGUUGUUUUUAUCGCACUGCUUUGCUUUAUCUUGGCCAGGUCGCAGUUGUAAAUGAGAACUUGUUCUCAACUGGCUUACCUAGUUAAAUAAAGUAUAUUAAAAGGAGAUGACAUGAGGAUCUAUCUCUCUAGUUGUUUCAGUCCAGGGUAAAUGAGAUGACAUGAGGAUCUAUCCAUCUCUCUAGAUGUUUCAGUCCAGGGUAAAGGAGAUGACAUGAGGAUCUCUCUCUCUAGUUGUUUCAGUCCAGGGUAAAGGAGAUGACAUGAGGAUCUCUCUCUCUAGUUGUUUCAGUCCAGGGUCCAUAAACACACAUGCAGACAGCAGGCAGGCAGGGCCGGUUACAGGCGUAAGGACCCAGGCCACUAGGGGGCCCCCAACCCAGAGUUAGAACAGUAUAAUACACGGUGUACAAGGUGCUAUUUGGACAUGCAGUUGUGCAUCAGCAAUGUUUUUCUUGUCUUGUCAGUCACUGACAGUCACUCAAUUAUCCAUGUCAGCUAACCAUUUUUGUAUUGGUAAAUUAGUCUAGCCGACUAUCUAGACUUGUAGUAAUCGUGGUGGAAUGCCGACCGGUCACGCAGGGCACGUGCCCAGAGUGCCCAAAAUGUGUAGAACUGCAGGAAAUAAGCUUUAAAACUGAAUCUCAACCAAAUCUCGCUUAGUGACCCCAAAAGACACACGACACACACAGACAUCAGACACACACACACACACACACACACACACACAUCAGACACACACACACACACACACACACACACACAUCAGACACACACACACACACACACCCUUCAGAUUGUAGAUAGUGAUGUAUCCUGUGUUGUUGUUGUUAACAGUGGAGAGUGAACAGGGUGAUAAUGUAAAGAUCUACUCUCCCUUCAACCAUGGACCCCCUCCUACACCUAAAGAUGGCUGCAACUCCAUCAGUCACACCCCCCUACCCAUACCAGGUUAGUACACACCUACCAUACCAGGUUAGUACCCCCCUACCCAUACCAGGUUAGUACACACCCCUACCCAUACCAGGUUAGUACACCCCCCCACCCACCCAUACCAGGUUAGUACGCCCCCCCCCCCCCUACCCAUACCAGGUUAGUACACCCCUACCCAUACCAGGUUAGUGCACACCCCCCACCUACCCAUACCAGGUAAGUACACCCCCCCCCUACCCAUACCAGGUUAGUACCCCCCCUACCAUACCAGGUUAGUACCCCCCCCUAUCAUACCAGGUUAGUACCCCCCCUACCAUUCCAGGUUAGUACCCCCCCCCCUACCAUUCCAGGUUAGUACCCCCACCCCUACCAUACCAGGUUAGUACCCCCCCCCCUACCAUACCAGGUUAGUACCUCCCCCCCCCCUACCAUACCAGAUUAGUACCCCCCCCUACCAUACCAGGUUAGUACCCCCCCCCCCCCUACCAUACCAGGUUAGUACCCCCCCUACCAUACCAGGUUAGUACCCCCCCCCUACCAUACCAGGUUAGUACACCCCUACCAGGUUAGUGCACACCCCCCACCUACCCAUACCAGGUAAGUACACCCCCCCCCCCCUACCCAUACCAGGUUAGUACCACCCCUACCAUACCAGGUUAGUACCCCCCCCUACCAUACCAGGUUCGUAACCCCCCCCUACCAUACCAGGUUAGUACCCCCCCCCCACCAUACCAGGUUAGUACCCCCCCCCCACCAUACCAGGUUAGUACCCCCCCCCCCACCAUACCAGGUUAGUACCCCCCCCCCCUACCAUACCAGGUUAGUACCCCCCCCCUACCAUACCAGGUUAGUACCCCCCCCCCCCCUCUACCAUACCAGGUUAGUACCCCCCCCUACCAUACCAGGUUAGUACCCCCCCCUACCAUACCAGGUUAGUCCCCCCCCCCCCCUCCCCUACCAUACCAGGUUAGUACCCCCCCUACCAUUCCAGGUUAGUACCCCCCCCACCACACUAGGUUAGUACACACCCCCUACCAUACCAGGUUAGUACCCCCCCUACCAUACCAUACCAGGUUAGCCCCCCCCAGACAGAAGCUUGGGUCUAACCCUAACCCCUUAUCUAACCCCCUUGUCCUCUCAGGUGGUGCUAGACCCCCCCCAGACAGAAGCUUGGGUCUAACCCUAACCCCUUAUCUAACCCCCUUGUCCUCUCAGGUGGUGCUAGCCCCCCCCAGACAGAAGUUUGGGUCUAACCCUAACCCUUAUCUAACCCCCUUUGUUCCUCUCAGGUGGUGGCUAGCCCCCCCCAGACAGAAGUUUGGUCUAACCCCUAACCCUUAUCUAACCCCCUUGUCCUCUCAGGUGGUGCUAGCCCCCCCCAGACAGAAGUUUGGGUCUAACCCUAACCCCUUAUCUAAUCCCCUUGUCCUCUCAGGUGGUGCUAGCGCCCCCAGACAGUGGCUUGUCCAGCACUAUGAGUCAAAGCUGAGGGAUUCUCCUGGUCUCAUCAGAUGUCCUUCCUGUCAGAGCCAGGUGAUGAGUGACGUAACGCACCACGCUGGAACCUUCUCCUGGACCAUGUGUCUGGUCUUCAUCCUCUGUGGGUGAGGACAGAGACACACACACACACCACACACACACACACACACACACACGCCAUCUCACCUAUACACACACCCCAGCAGUAACGGGUAUAUUGACUGUUCUCCUCUGUCUAUAUACACACCCCAGCAGUAACAGGUAUAUUGACUGUUCUCCUCUGUCUAUAUACACACCCCAGCAGUAACAGGUAUAUUGACUGUUCUCCUCUGUCUAUACACACACCCCAGCAGUAACAGGUAUAUUGACUGUUCUCCUCUGUCUAUACACACCCCAGCAGUAACAGGUAUAUUGACUGUUCUCCUCUGUCUAUACACACACCCCAGCAGUAACAGGUAUAUUGACUGUUCUCCUCUGUCUAUAUACACACCCCAGCAGUAACAGGUAUAUUGGACUGUUCUCCUCUGUCUAUAUACACACCCCAGCAGUAACAGGUAUAUUGACUGUUCUCCUCUGUCUAUAUACACACCCCAGCAGUAACAGGUAUAUUGACUGUUCUCCUCUGUCUAUAUACACACCCCAGCAGUAACAGGUAUAUUGACUGUUCUCCUCUGUCUAUAUACACACCCCAGCAGUAACUGGUAUAUUGACUGUUCUCCUCUGUCUAUAUACACACCCCAGCAGUAACAGGUAUAUUGACUGUUCUCCUCUGUCUAUAUACACACCCCAGCAGUAACAGGUAUAUUGACUGUUCUCCUCUGUCUAUAUACACACCCCAGCAGUAACAGGUAUAUUGACUGUUCUCCUCUGUCUAUAUACACACCCCAGCAGUAACAGGUAUAUUGACUGUUCUCCUCUGUCUAUAUACACACCCCAGCAGUAACAGGUAUAUUGACUGUUCUCCUCUGUCUAUAUACACACCCCAGCAGUAACAGGUAUAUUGACUGUUCUCCUCUGUCUAUAUACACACCCCAGCAGUAACAGGUAUAUUGACUGUUCUCCUCUGUCUAUAUACACACCCCAGCAGUAACAGGUAUAUUGACUGUUCUCCUCUGUCUAUAUACACACCCCAGCAGUAACAGGUAUAUUGACUGUUCUCCUCUGUCUAUAUACACACCCCAGCAGUAACAGGUAUAUUACUGUUCUCUCUGUCUAUAUACACACCCCAGCAGUAACAGGUAUAUUGACUGUUCUCCUCUGUCUAUACACACCCCAGCAGUAACAGGUAUAUUGACUGUUCUCCUCUGUCUAUAUACACACCCCAGCAGUAACAGGUAUAUUGACUGUUCUCCUCUGUCUAUACACACACCCCAGCAGUAACAGGUAUAUUGACUGUUCUCCUCUGUCUAUAUACACACCCCAGCAGUAACAGGUAUAUUGACUGUUCUCUCUGUCUAUAUACACACCCCAGCAGUAACAGGUAUAUUGACUGUUCUCCUCUGUCCCUCCAGGUUAUUCCUAGGCUGCUGUCUGAUCCCGUUUUUCCUCAGGAAUUUCAAGGACGCCUAUCACACCUGCCCUCGCUGUCACAUGGUCCUUCACAUCCACAGGAAGAGCUGCUGCCCCACGACCUCUGACCCCUCCUCCCUGACCUCCUGCCUAGGGUCAGGGCACCCCUAUCAAGCCUGA